AUGACUGACGGUUAUAGCGAAACCAUAAAUAUGAUUGUAGGGGGGACUAGAGGCCGAAUGAGUAGGAGAGGGAGGAAGAGAAGCCGGAGCGGGGAGAGGAGCAACAGCGAAGUCCUGCAGGUAGUGGAACACUCCCCAACAACUAUCUCCUUUUCCCCCAAGGAUGCUCAUGGAAUUCAAAUGCCCCAUGAUGAUGCUCUUAUCAUUGAGGCCGUCAAUCACAACUAUCGGGUCCGCAAGAUCCUAGUCAAUGAUGGGAGCAAGGUGAACCUAUUGUCUUACAGGGUCUUCCAGCAGAUGAGGAUACCAGAGGAGCAGCUAGUUAGGGAUAAAGCCCUGGUGAAGGGGAUUGGGGGGAUCCCGGUAGCCGUAGAGGGGAAGGUGAAGGUAGCCCUGACCUUGGGAGAACCACCCCUGUCUCGGACUCACUACGCAGUAUUUCUGGUGGUAAAGCUCCCGUUAAGCUAUAAUACGAUCUUGGGAAGGCCUGUGCUGUACGACUUCGAAGUGGUGACCAGCAUCAGAUACCUAACCAUGAAGUUUCCAACAGAGGCAAGGGUGGGAGUAGUCCAGGGGCAACAGGAGGAAGCAAGAGCAGUGUAUCUGGCCAUAGUGGCAGAACCAAGCACAGCAGCUGAGGGGAUAAACCCAGAGGUCAUAGAGGUUAGGGAUGAGAAGAAGGAAGUCAGGACAGAGCCCGUGGGAGAGUUGGAGACCUUUCCACUAUCAGAGGAAAAGACAGACAAAGUUUUCAGCCUCAACGCAAGCCUGAACGAAGAGCAGAAAGCGGCAGCAAUGGCCUUAAUCUGA